CAAUAGCUGAGAGAGCUAAAGGAGCUCACACGCUGCUAUCACAUCAGAGCGGAAUAGACCUCUGCGUGCACACUGCUGACAUGGUUCUUCCUCUUGCCUAUUACCUGUCUUUACUGCACCAGAAAGAGUUGGCAGUGCCCGGGGCCUCACCAGUCUGGCAUUUUGGAUAGUGUGUCUACCUCUGAAGAAACAGUGUGUUGGCUCACAGCCUGUGAAUGGGAACCUAAAGCAAGAGGAGCAUAGGUGCCUACAGUAUACAACGUUGAUUAAAAUGGGGGUGGUGUUCCCUGUGCUCCUCUUUGAAACAUGGCCGCUCCUGCUGUGGCCAUGCCUGAUGUGAAAGCCCCACAAUGUGAGUACUCCCCAGCAGGAUCUCCUGCAGGCUGUAGCAUGGACUUGUCCGGAGACCUGUCCGUCCUCAGCUCGCCGCUUUCUGCUUUCCCUCAUCAUGCCGUGUCCCCCUUCCCUGCCCAUGACGUAGCGCUGGGCCACUAUCCUUCCAGCUAUGACAACAACAAUGGCCUGCUCAGCAACCUGGGGCUCUACUGCUCCACCAGCAGCAUGUAUCCCCUAAAACAGCCUGACGCUCGGUCUGGCUACGGAACGAUGCGUCAUCCGCAGGGAUGUGUGAACACGGGCGGGACCCGGCUUUACCGCAGCUUAGAAAACCUGCACUGGGCCACUGGAGCGUAUCCGUACAGGAGCGUAGACAGCGAGUUCAUUCUUCACUGCACUUCAAGCAGCCAUUGGUAUGAUGGACCUCCUCAGGGACCACAGAUCUAUGGCGUACUGCCUUCUCCUGAAAGUUUGGCGUUAUAUAGCCGCAGAGGAGUGGUUAGAAAGGACAUACCGCUCUUUCCUCAAUGGCUCUUGCCCGCUGUUGAGGACUGGAGUGUAAACGCAAAUGCUCGAAAGGGCCUUAGAGACAAACUUCGGCUUCAGAGCACACGUGUCUCAGAGCCCCACAAGCCCUUGCGACCUGUGCUUGGUAACGCACCAUCACCGAUGUAUCCAUGCAAUCAGGAUGUACUGGUUCGAGCGGGUCCACCAUCCUCUUUGGUACAAAGAGGUAGAGAGCAAGAACUGUGCACCCGUCGCAUCACUAGCCCAGAGGAGAUCAAGCAGGAAGCGAUGCGACGGCUGCAACUCCGUAGACAGAAAAGCACUCCCAACCUCGUGCUGAGCUCCAGACAGGAGUCUAGCAGCAUCAGUAAAGCUCUUACCUCAGAUCCCAUCUGUACCAAUUCUGCCCAGUCAACCCCUGAAAGAAAAAGACCCCCUGUGGGUCGCUUGCACAUACCUACAUUUGAGGAGUUUAAGAGAAUGAGGCAGAGGCAGAGCAGCAGGAACCACAAUCCCUCCUCAACUCAAUCGAGUGGAUAUGUGGGAAGUAAUGACAAGCAUAAAGAGGUUAAUGGAGGGGAAGGAGAACAGAUAGGAGAAAGACACCAUGAGGAAAGGAUUGAUAAAAAAAUAGAUUUCAAUUGUCCGGGUAUACACAGUGGAGACAUGUCUGAUCCCUCUUCCACAGUGGAAGUUCCAGGUGGACCCAUCUGCACCGGGCCAGUGGCCCGUCCUCCAUUACAUCCUCAAGCUCCUACAGGAAAAGGGGAGGAGAAUAAAGGCCCAACAGGACUAGGGGCCACAGAUGUGGCUGUUGUCCCCUUCCCGGUCCGCUGGGAGAGUGGAGAUGGACCCUCCAGCUGCUGCCCCACAAUCCUUCUGGACAGCACGGACCUUUCCAGUUACGGAGCCAAAAUCUACAAAAUGAAGGAUGGCUUCCUGGGAUCCGCCCUGGACCUUAUUAAAAAGAGAAGAAAGCCAUACAGGUUUGAAAUGACAAGAGGCUGCAGUGCAGAUAUUGCAUCCGAGACUCUCGUCCGCCUGUCGCGUGAGCAGAAUGAUGCCGCUGACAUCAUCGCUCCCCAGCCCAGCCAUCAAUCUGCCCACGUUGCCAUGACAACGUCGGCCUGCGGAGAGGAGCCCACAGGACGAGGGGGGAAAGCGCCAACAGAAUGCGUUUCUGGAGCGGGUUGCAGACGCUCCAGCUCAGACGCGGCCUAUGAGCUGGCUGAGUCAGUGAGGGCCCAGCGUGAGUGCCGCCUGCGGCCCCACUACAGCGACCCCAUGCCCGCAGACGCUGCCAAGCGUAAGCAGCUGGAGAUGAAGAUUGCUGCAGCGGCACGUUUGCACAUUCACCGCAGAGAGAGGGACAGUGUGCCAAGCACCGUCAGGGGCCGCUCGGAGCCAAGAGGUGAGGAGAGAAGCCGGAGCCUUGGUGUAACCCGGACCGCACAGCACCGCUGGAGUACAGUCAGCAGUCUGAGCGCAGACAGUGGUGUUGUAGGGUUGAGCGAUGAGCGGGAAGAAGAUGAAGAGCCACGACGUGCCCGCCACAGCGCUGGGGCCGAGGUGGAACGCGUGGACAGCGGAAUAGGAUCAGGUUUGGCUCGGGGCUGGAGGAGACCCUCACCUUUCCUCAGGAACUGGGAGGUUCGACAGCCCUGUCCUGACUGCGGCCACAAAGAGGGGGCACGUGAAGAGGGCAUGUGCGAACGCUGCUCCAAACUCCGAACCGAACGCAAAGAGGCCAUCAUGGAGUUCCUCAACACUGAGUCGAGUUAUGGAGAGGACUUGCGCAUUAUCAAAGAGGAGUUCUUCUGUCCCAUGCAGAGUGCAGGGCUGCUGACAGCCGAGCAGCUAGCGGUGGUCUUCAGUAAUGUUCAAGAGCUCAUUGAUGUCAAUGAAAGGUUCACAGAACACCUGCAGGACAGCAUCGAUCAGGCUUUUGAUCAGGGCGAUGAGGACCUGCAGACUGUGUGCAUUGGAGAAAUCUUCUUAGAGUUUGUCAACAUGCUUCCAGCAUUUCAGACCUACUGCCUGCAGCAGUCCACAUCUGUGAACAUGCUCAACACGCUUGAGAAAGAAAAAGAACUUCUUAGAAUAUUCCUUGACGUGUCCCAGAACGACAACACUGCUCUGAGGCGCAUGAACCUGCGCUCCUUCCUCAUGGCUCCUCUCCAGCGCGUGACCAAAUACCCCCUCCUUCUAAGUCGCAUCAGCAAAGCCACCCACGAAUGUCAUCCCGAUUACUCGCGUUUAAAAGAAGCCAAGAGCCGCGUGGAGUCCCAUCUAGAGCACAUCAACAUGAAGACCAAACAGGAGGGCACCGCCACAUGGUCCCUGCGCUCUUUCCGGCGCGACAGCCGCAAGAACCGAGAGGUGAUUAACAUCGAGAUGAGAGAGUUGUCCAUGAAGACUGUAGGAUGGGCUCGGGAAAGUACGCGCUUCAUUAUGGAGGGACCCCUACAACUGGCGCAACCCGCCGAUGGGCAGUGGCUUAAGAAGGGAAGCAAGUCCCUCAAAUUCCAAAAUGUUCAGAGCUUACUCAUGGUUCGCACCCUGCGCUCCGCAGAGUCUGUGACGUCUGCCGAUGGGGGUCUCAGGGGAGAGCUGGAGAGCUUGGACACGGUGCAAGAUGGCAUACUCGUGCUCAUCAAAGACAAAAGCAGCGGAAAGUUCACCGUCCUACGGGAGCCCAUCCACUUGGCUAACUGCGUGGUAUCCGUCGAUCCCGACUGUGACGAUAGUUUUGAGGUGCUGGACAUCCGACGUGAGGCUUUUGUUUUCCGUGCCUCGGACAAACAGCGCACGCAGCAGUGGUUUCGUCAAAUUAAAAGAUAUGCCUGCGAUCUGGGGUCUUGGAGAAAAAGACGCAACGCUCUCCCCAAUAUAAUGAUCAACACAGCCCAGAGUCGGUCCUGACACCAUGUAGCACCACCUAGAUGUACAUAAUCAAACUAAUAUUUUGUUGACCGGACAGUAUUUGUGUUGGGGAAUAAGAUCUAAUGAGAUGUUUCUUCGACUGUAGACUUUUAAGUUGCACGGUUUUACUGUGAUUUAAAAGAUUAAAGCAACGGUUCACCCAAAAAAGAAAUGUAUACAGAUUUGAAACAACUUGAGGGUGAGUAAAUGAAUGCAGAAUUUUCAUUUUUAGGUGAAAUGUUUCUUUAAUAUAGACUGAAAGGGGCACUUUGUAAAACUGGAAAGCAAAUGAAAGACAUUUGUAGAAAAAGGGAAAACAAUAUACGGUCAAAAAGUCAUGCCCUGUGGCAUAAUAGAACGAGGAGCUCACUAUGCCUCACUGCUGCACUUGUAUAACACUGAUUGUACGACCAGUUCACUACUGAGAAAGAAAAUACAUGUUUUCAGUGGUGAUAAGCACGAGAGAAAAUGAUUUUGAUAGAAUGAACGUUCAUGUGAAUCUUUAGUAACGCACAACAGAGUGGAAACUUUGUUUGUGUAGAGACAGAGUUGGUUUGUUUUCUGUUCAUUUAUUGUUUUUUCUCUCUCUUCCGUAAGCAACUGCUGUAUUCUCACUGCCACACGAGAUCCGGGGCAGUUCUUAUAGACUACAUGUAACACUGUGCUGGUCUAACUAGCAGCAAUAAUCGUCAUUGUAUUAUGUAGCCACAGUAAAGCAUUUUUUUUUUUAAAAGGUAGCCAUCCUCUUGUGUGAUCAGUGAUGUUUAUUGUAUGUUUUCCAUCCUUGAGGGUAUAGUCUCAGUCUAAGCAUCAAGACAUCAUCUCUGGACAUAAACCACUUCCAGUAAUACAAAUAAAACACGAUUUUCCCCCAAUGUAUGUAAUUUAUACUUCCAAUAUACUGUUGCUUUGUCAUAGUUGUGGGGGAGAAAAUAUGUGCCUUUUUUAUUUGAUACUGAGUGAGUCAGUAGUACUAUUUGUUUUCUCCUUUGCCCACAAAUCAGUCACAAUAUUGAGGAGAAACUAUUCGUUUUUAGUAGCUGCUAAUAUAUAUAAAAAAAUUCCCUCAGAUAUACGUGCUGUUUUGUAUGGUAACUCUGUUAAUGUUACUGUUUUUGUUUGAUGCACUUUAACAUGAAGGACCUAAACAUGGAGCGUGGACAUUGUUCUGCAGUUUACAAAGCUUUACUGUAUUUUGUUUUAAAGAUUGUUUAAGCUUUAAGAGAAUUAUGAACCACAAUUGACUUAGCAAUAGCUAUGAACCACAUUCAGUAAUUGUCCUAUUUGUAUGUUUAAAAUCAACAUUGAUGGAUGUAAAGUGUCACCAUCACUGGAUUUUGGUAUUUAGGUUUCUACAUGAUUAUUUACUGUUUUUCUAAUGGCAUUGAUACUGUUAGAAAUAUCAUAGCUUCCAUUACACAGCAGAAUGAGGAAUCCUGCCAGAGAUCUUUGUCUGAAAUGGUACUUUUACCCAAGACCAAUCAAGCUGUUCAAUUUCUUUCCGUUCUACCUAAUUUAAUAUUUUUGUUGUGUAAAAUAUUGUGAGUUACAAAUAAAAUGAAAGUAUCCAUUUCUCUC